CAUGUAGGCACACACAUCAAUCCUGAUUGGAUGAUAAAUUGCUGAAAAAGUAGAUCACUUCGAGAAAGGAGCAGCCAAGACAGGAAACGAGGAGAUGCACAGGGCCCGAGUCGACCAGUGUUUCAAAAAGAUAUUUUCAAAUAUUAAGGCCCAAUGACCAACAAAGAAUUUGUGACGUUCCCCCCCGCGUCUGAAGCAUUACAACAAUUGUGAGUCUGCGCAAGCCAAUUUUAAUAACCACUUGCCAUUCUUCCUAGCAAGUACUUUCAUAGUCAGUCGCUCUCCCACUCGCAAAAAAACUCACAGUCAGUCCAUUUGUCUCAAUUCAUUGAUUUGAUUCGGCAUGCGUCUUUGAAGGUAGUUCAGAAUGAAAAUUGUCUUUCCGGUAGCUACGACGUACGUACAACCCUGAACUACUUCUUACAUAGGGUUCUGCGUCUGACAAAUAGUCCAAAUCCCUCUCAGUCUGUCUGGAUAUACGGUAGAACCAACGCAGCACCACACAACACGCACGCGGCGAGAUUGUGGAAAGCAUCUGCCAAUCAAUUUUCCUUUUCCGUUAUCGAGUUUUCUGCAGAACGCUACGACCCGAAACACCACAUCCUUCUACGAGGACCCCUUACAUCAGCGCUUAUUGUCGUGAAUUGGGUAUAGAUCCACUGAUGCGAGUAAGACCGCACAGCAGAUUCAAUUGAAAUCCUCUUUUUCCGUUAGUGUUUUGAUCUAUAAAAUACGUUCUUGAUCCCUUCUGAACGACUCGUACGCGCUUUUCCUCCAGUUCAAAGAGAGAAAAGAAAGCCGCUUCCCCUCGUCACCGACGAUGAGAUUUACCCGAAACACUGUUAUUGCUGUAAUUAUGACAAAUUCUCUCUUUCUUCAGCGCACGUCCCGGCUCGUGGUUCGAGCCUUGACGACGGCUGCGCCGCUGUCGACCCGUCGGUCCGCUGUGGCCUUGGUGCCCAACGCGGCUUCUGCGACACGGGCGACUGGCUUUGUGAUGCCAACCUCGACCUCUACACCUUUUGCCCGCAUGCUGGCCACCAAAGCAACUGUUGAAGAAGACUUGGACGCCGCAUUGGAUGAUGUUUUGGCAGGAGCCUACACGGAGGCCAAGACUCCGGCUGGAGUCGAGCCUGUCAAUCACAUGAAGAAUUCCCAUCCGAUGCCUUCGCCAUUGGUAGAGCAGGAUAUUGAUUACAAGGACCCCGAACUCUUAUCCACGAGUAAUCCUCGUUGGAUCGAAGCCGGUCUCGACCAGAGGGUAAUUGACGUUCUAAGCGAGAAGGGAAUUACGUCAUUCACACCCGUACAGGCCGAAGCCUUUGGGCCAGUCAUGGCUCGACGUGACGUGAUUGGUCGCAGUCGUACCGGAACGGGUAAAACCCUAGCGUUUGGAUUACCCGCAUUGACUCGUCUCGUAACAUUUACUACAGAAAACGGCAAGCGCGAUGCCCGUGGAGUCAUGAAGAGUGGACGCAAGGUAUCCAUGAUUAUUCUGUGCCCGACUCGGGAACUGGCGCGGCAGGUUCAGGAGGAGCUUUCGCAAGUCGCCCGCCCUCUUGGCUUGUUUGUUGAAGUCUUCCACGGUGGUGUGUCUUACGACCCUCAGUCUCGCGCCUUGCGACAGGGAGUGGACGUCAUCGUGGGUACCCCUGGACGAGUAAUUGAUCAUAUCGAGCGCGGAACGUUGGAUCUGAGUGAGUGUGAUAUUGCUGUUCUCGACGAAGCGGAUGAAAUGUUGAACAUGGGCUUUGCGGAUGAUGUGGAAGUUGUUUUGAAGAACGUCGGUUCCAAUAAUCCGCAAAAAACGCAAUGUUUGUUGUUUUCGGCCACGACACCGAGCUGGGUUAAGGAGAUUGGCCGACAGUACCAAAAGGACGUUUUGGCGAUUGACUCUACGGCGGAUAAGGGCGGUGCUCGAGUGGCCGAGACGGUUCGUCAUUUAGCCGUUCAGCUUGCUCCCGGCGCCGAUGCAAAAAGAUCUGUUUUGGAAGACAUUAUUGCGGUUGAAAUCUCCAAGGAUGCUGAUAUCGGCAAGAUUGAACUCGAAAUUGCCAACCCGAUUGCUGCUGCUGCCCACAAAAGGAAAAACAAGGGUAACCAAGCCAUGCAGCAAAAGAUUUUUGGUAAGACGAUUGUGUUUACCGAAACAAAACGUGAGGCGGACGAGCUAGUAUCGGGAGGAGUUUUCAAAAGCUUGACUGCCCAAGCACUACAUGGUGAUGUCGGCCAGAAGCAACGUGAUUCGACCCUUGCGGCAUUUCGAAGCGGGGCCUUCAACGUGUUGGUGGCCACCGACGUGGCCGCGCGCGGUAUCGAUAUUCAAGAUGUCGAUUUGGUCAUUCAGUUCGAUCCUCCGCGAGAUGUGGACACCUACGUGCAUCGCUCUGGUCGCACCGGGCGUGCCGGGAAGAAAGGAGUCUCUGUUCUGCUGUUUAAUCAGCGACAGUCCCGAGACAUCGUCCGUAUUGAGCGGGAUUUGGGGCAUGGUUUCAAGUUCGAUUUAGUUGGACCUCCGUCCGCUGAGGCUACUUUGAACGCCGCCGCCAAAACAUCGGCGAUUGCGACGCAGAGUAUUCCUGAGGAGACGGCUGAGUUUUUCAAAGAAUCAGCAGCCAAGCUUCUGGAAUCGCAAGACCCAGUCGAUGUGGUUGCCCGUUGUUUAGCUGCUGUCUCCCGACGUGCGUCGGAAGUGCAAUCCCGGUCGUUGCUGACCGGCCAGGUUGGCUUUGCGACGGUUGAGAUGGUGAACGAACGUGGACGCCCGGUUGCGGCGAACGAUGUCAUGUUCACAAUUGGCAAGCUGUCACGCAUGAGCAACCAGGAAGGAGAUUUGGCCUUUGACAGCCAGGUUGGUAGGAUUCAGACCAACAGCGAAUCGGGCUCUGUUGUAUUCGAUAUGAAUGUGGAAGAUGCCAAAAAUUUGGUGAAGUUCAGCAAGACUGUCGAUGCUGGUGGUGCCGCCUUCCAGCUUUUGAAGGCGCUUGCGGUGGAAAGGGAUCGAAACUUUGGACGAAUGGGUGGAGGCCGUGACGGUGGUGGCAGGUUCAGCCGCGGACGUGGUGGCGGAGGCAGCUACGGCAGCGGAGGUAGCUACGGCGGCGGCCGUGGGGGCUACAGUGACCGCAAUGGUCGCGGUGGAGGUCGUGGUGGAGGUCGCGGUGGAGGUCGUGGUGGUGGCGGGCAGCGCUUCGAUCGUCGUGACGGAGGCGGCGGCCAGUCUGGCGGCUACUCAGGACGUUACGACGGUGGACGCAGCAAGAACUCGCGCGGGGGUAGUAGCUGGUAAUUUCAGUUCGUCGCAACAGCAAUAACUCCGGUACAUAGCUCUUGGCGUUGUCUUGAGAGCUUCAAAAUAAGCAGUGAUCCUUAACGAAAACCAUCAUUGAUAGUAACAUAUUUGCACAUGA